AAAAACAGGGGAGAGAAUUUUGUUAUUAGGAGGAACCUGGACUUCGAAACCAGGAAUGUAAUUCUUGAAGUUCCUUUUCUGUGAGCAAGAACUGGGUUCACCUACUUUCUUUCGCCAUUGUUGAUCUCUUAAAUCACUUUUCCUAACACCCCCAUACCAUAAGAUGUUGGGGUAGAACCGUAGAAGCUUUUUCCAUGAGAAUACACGGUGACCUGGGAAACUUAUCAUUGGGGUUCACGUUGCCACGUGGCAUUGGUUCCUUUUUAGUAUGUUCACCUGGAAUGUCCAAGUCUCUCUACCGCUUGCUCGCUCGCUCGCUCGCUCGCUCGUCUGAACGAGAACAAGUUAAGCUCUGAAGCUUUUUCUCUCCGAAGCCCAUAUACUCAGCCUGCUCUUUCAUUCUCCACCCUCUUAUGUCAUUGUACAGGGGUUUAUUUUCGAAAAGCAUACUACAGUUGCAAACGAUUUCUUCAACCCUUCUGCGGUCAUUUUAAUGGGUUUAUUUUCCGACGAUUAAUUCCUCAAUUCGCUAAUAGGUGUUAUGAUAUCUGCCCAAUAAAACAAGAAAUCUACUCAAACUCCGUGAAAAUUCCUCAAUCGUAGUCUCGCACAUUUGUUCUUUUUCUCUUUGAUAUUCUCUUCUGCUGGUUUCUUCCAAAAUGGGGAAAAAUCAAGCCUAUAAAGCUAUGCAGAAAGCUAGGUUGGGUUCGAGCUCGGCUGUGCCUGAGGAGAUGGAAGACGGCAUGGUGGACGGUUCUUUUCAUUCACCAGAGUGGCAUGCUGCUCGUUUGGCCAGUCUCAAAACUUCUCAUACGAUUACCUGGGACGAGUACAAAAGGAAGCAAAAGGAAGAUGAAAUGAGAAAAGGGGAGUUGGAAGCAGAUAAAGAUAGAAUGAUGAGAGAGUAUAGGGCUCAAUUAGAUGCUGAAAGGGAGAGCAAGCUUGCUCUUGGUAGAAAUCGCUCUAGCAUUAAAUCUAAUCACAGAAAGGACAGGAAGGGCAAGGAUUAUAAGAGAACAAGCAACAAAAAGAGAAAGGGGACCUUUGCGUCUACAUCUCUUCAAAAUUUUAGCCUCCAUCAGACCUGUUAUCUGCGAUCAAGGAGAUCUUCGGAGUCUAGUUCCUCUACUUCAUCCUCAGAUUCUAGCAGUGACGAUGAAAGCGAAACAAAGAGAUCAAAAUCAAGGUCAAAGCAUAAUAAAAAGAAGGAAAGGAAGCACAAAUCAAGAACAAAACGCUCUAAAAGUGAUAGCGAAGAGAGUAACGGCCCCUUGCCACUCUCGAGAUUCUUUGGAAGUGUCAAGAACUGAUGAUGACGUUAUUCGUCUUCAAAAAUCUUACCUUUGUAGUUGGUAGAUUGGUUCUUCUUAUGGGUUUUUAAUGAAUUUUAUGUUCUUACUUCUUGAUGAGCAACAAGCCCUGUGAUUAUAUUUAUGUUGUUUUUACUUUAAAAUCUUUUAGCAGAUUUUCUCGACAGUUAUUUUCCCACUCCAAUACUGAAGUCCAACUCACCUUAUGGAGGAUUAAACUGUUGUGUAAUAUUCAGGUGCACUAGUUUUUGAGGGUUAAACGUUGUGUAA